CCCUCUAUUUGUCUCAGAGCCAUUCUAUGGUACAAUUUGCUUAUACAAUAGGGAGAGAAGAGAAAAAUUGGCAGAAGAUUUCUAUUUUAGCAUUCUACCAACUGAAAUGCAGGAUACUAAUAAAGUAUCUUCAGAACCUCGGGGACUUUUCUAUUUAGAUGCUCCAUCUGCAUCUUUCUUACUGUGGAAAAUAAUGGCUCUACAUCUGCUAGAUAAGUUAGCUAAUCGUUGGCAUUGCAAUUAAUUCUUGAUAUUUUAGUUUUUGGGCCAGGGUGAUUAACCAUUAGCUGAGAUGGUGGAGCAUUUGGUCUUUCUCUUACAGCAAGAUAAUUGUGAAAUUAGUAAUUCUUCAGUGGAUUUUCAUCCAUACUGAUUUUCAUCCAUAUUCAUUCAUCUAUGCUCCUACUGCUACAUAUUACCAUACUUUCUUUUAUCUAUGCUUCCUUACAAAUUAUAAAUGACUUCUAUUUUGCUUGCAUUGAUCCUUUUGUUACUCUAAUGUUUUGGAUCAAUUGAUUAUGAAAUUGUUUCUCAUAGGUGAUUAGAAUUCAAUGUUUUGGUACGUCUAGUAGGAAGGGAUGUUUAUUUCUCAGAAUAUUAAUCGACUGGAGCUUGGUGAACGUUGACAUUUUAAAAGAUGAGAGAAAACAAAGCAAUAAAAAAACCUGGUGAUGCAGCUGUUGUGCAUUUGAACUUAAAUUGUUACAUUUCAUGCUAAGUGUUCUCAUUUUAGUGAAGAGAUGAUUAGGAAAGUCUAUAAAUAAUUCAAACUAUGUCAGUUGAGAAUUGUUGCAUGUGUGAGGCAACACUCUUAAUAUUUUAGAGUUGAUGAAAGCUCGGGGAAAAUAAAUAUAAUUUUGAUUUGUUUUAGUAGCUGUAUGGUUUUUGACUAUUGUUAUUGCUUAAUGGUAAUCAUUUCUAAGGUAAUUGCACAUUUUACCCUCUGCAUCUCAAAUAAAUUCCUUAUAAUUAUUGUUGUUCUCUAUCUUCUCCUUAACAGGUGCACUUGACUGAGAGAGAAAGGCAGAAACUGCCUUACAGAGAGUCCUUCGCCUGGGUUAUUGUUCCUUUAUUUGAUAAUAGCAUUGGUGGAGCUUCUGGUGGAUCUGCUUCUCCUAGUAGCCAUCUUGCUGCCAGCAUGUCUGGGUCUAGUUCCCAUGAGGGUGUCCUUGAGUCUGUUGGGUAUUUAGAAUGCGUGUGUGGACUCUACAACAAAAAUCUUGAUACUUA